CAUCCCCGCGCGUCGCGCGUAGCAACCUGUGCCGUGGCGUGACUCACAUCUCAAGUUAUCACAUUUUCGUAAACAGUGCAGUGAGCUACGUGUGUUUCGCGUGUUUUGUACGAGUUCAUGCAUUUUCUGUUACGGGUUGUGUGUUUAUCCGGAAUGUGGUUUAAUCAUUCGAUUUAGUGUGCUUUUAUGCUUCGAAAAUUCGCAUAUAUCUCGGUGCUUUUUCGGAAUUCAGUGAUAUAGUGCGUCUAACCUCCUUAAUGGUGCACCAGUCAGUUGAAUCUAAAAUGGAAAUGACUUUUUAUGAAGAACAACCUUUUCCUCAGCCUCAGAGAGUGCCUCAUGGGGAUAUGAAUGUUUUGAAACGUACGUUAACUUUGGAUCUUAACAAAGCCAACAAUGGAGGUAAAAGACAGAAGUUACUUACAAACCAAUCAGUUCUUUCAUCUCCUGACAUAAAGAAGCUCAAAUUCAGUGAUGGCGAGUUGGAAAAGUUUAUCAUAUCUCAAGCAUCCCUCACUGGCUCAAAUACAUUAAUUACUCCCACACCAACCACGACCGCUAUCUUGUGCACUCGAGGUACCGAGGAGCAAGAAAUGUACGUUCAAGGUUUCCAAGAAGCUCUCAACGCCUUACGUAAUAGUGACUCCAAUCAAAGUGCUGACACGCAAAUGGUCGAAUUACCUAGAAGUAGUUCCAACAGUAGCAGUAGCAGUUCCAGCAAUCUUUACAUGGCUUUAGAUUCUAGUUACAAUCCUUUAACAUCGUCAGCUUCUAAUUUCCCCCCAAAUUUCUCCAAUGUAGUAAUCAAGGAUGAACCACAGAUGGUGCCUAGUUUAGGAUCAACUCCACCUCAUUCUCCAAUUGACAUGGAGUCCCAAGAGAAAAUUAAAUUAGAAAGGAAGCGCCAGCGAAAUCGUUUAGCAGCAUCAAAGUGUCGUCGGAGGAAGUUGGAGCGCAUAGCUAAGCUAGAAGACAAAGUGAAGUUGCUGAAAGGUGAAAAUUCUGAAUUAAGUACAAUGGUUAAUAGGUUAAAAGACAGGAUUACACAUCUGAAAAAGGAAUUAAUAGUGCACAUGCAGCAUGGAUGCUGGAAAGAUGAGUACAUCAGUAUCAAGUGAGCGUCGUCAACCGGAUGGAUUUUUGUACCUGCUGUACAGGCAAUAUUCUAUAGCUCAUUACCACUUGCGCUUUGUUCUCUUCUCCUUGUAAGUUUCUCCUUUUUUAUUAGUAAUUUAUAUUUUAUAGAUGACUUUUUUCCAACUUGUGCCACUCUUCAUGUUGUUGUCAUCGUGAGAUUGACUGCAAUCCAUUAUAAUAUCUCAAUCGUUUCAAGUUUGCUCUAGUACUUGUAGAUAUUUGUUAUUGCUUUCCCUUCUCAUCAAUUUUCAGAUUAAAGUCAGGUGUAAUAUGUAAUCUGCAACGCCAAGUAAUCUUCAUUCAAACACCUAUCCAAAUAUCGUUGGAACUUCAAUUUUAUUCAAAUUAAUGUAAGCAAUUGUGUAUGAAGGCAGUUGUUAUUUGCAUAGGUGGUACACUGUGGUACAUGUUACUUUCUGCUCUUUCAAUUUAGCAUGACUGACUAGGUAUUUCUCAGAAACAAGUUUGCUUUUCUUUAAAUUAAAUUGGCAAUUCGGCAUUUGAGGACUUAUAUGUAACAAAAGCGGAUGUCGUGUUUUCACAUUGUGAGAAAAUCGCGUUUGAAGUUUUCAAAACUUUGCACCUAGCCGCCUGCAGAACCAAGAGGAUUCUUAUAAAGAUUUUCAUGAUGAGCAACUCUUCUUGUAAAAAACACACGUUUCACGUUAUAUGUAAGUGGAAAAUUGAAGGAAUAACAGCAAUUCUAAAAAAAUGUGACAUCCGCUAUUUUAAUGAAAACAUUUUUUAUGCAUGAAACUAAGUCCUCAGGAAGGAUAAGGCUGGUGAUAUGAUUGAAAUGAACCAAACGUAGCUAUGUCAAUGCUUAGUCAUUUAAUAAAAUUGAACAAAAAUCUAAACCAUCAGUAACUUCCACAACAAAAAUAAGGAACUAAUGAUAAAAUCAGUUUAAAACUCAUCAAUUCUAGCGAGACGGUCCCGAUACGCAUUAUUUGAGAGUCAGCUGCAGCCCAUGGCCGUUGCGCAGGCAGUUAUCGCAAGUGUGUUCGAUUUUCCACGGUGUUCUGCCGCGUCGGCGAGGGAGAACAGUGGAUUCUCAUAUCUGCUGUUUUUAAAAGUAACAUGGUUUUCAGUUCAUAUCUCGCAGAAUAGUUGCGCUGGAAGUCUGAAACCUAGCAUUCUUGAGGGCUCCAGAAUUCGGAAGAAGCGUUUUCCCUAAAAAUGACGGAUGUCAGUGACCGCUAUUGUUACACAUAAGUCCUCAUUUGUACUAUCAUUUAGGGUAGAUGCAUUGCAUACCUAUCAACUGUCAGUCAAACAUUAUUCUGCAAUUUUGCAGUUGCGGACCUUUCUGUUAGCCUAGCCAUUUUUAUUCAGAAUUUAUUCUCAACAUAAGUAGAUAAGAGGAAGGUUCUUUUGAAAGAUCUUGAUGACUGAUUAUAUUUUUAUCCCACCUUUAAAAUUGUUCAGCAUUUUUAAUUGGCAUCAAGGUCACCCUCUCAGUGUGAGCAAAUAGAUAUAUGUCCCUCCUGUGUAAUGAGCUCAACCUAACAGGUAUGAAACAAAGCACUACCUUACAUGCUUUCUCAUUGAAUUUUUAUGUAAAACUUGGUGGAUCUUUCCAGAUUCAAAUGAUGAGGAAAAUAUUACUUAGUGUUUCCGGUGUUCAUCAGUUCAAGCAUUCAUAUUGCUGAGAAAACCGAAGUCGCUCUGAGCUCUAGCGGAUUGAAAAAUAAUUUUGGUGUGCUUUACAGCUGAAGAGUGUUUUUACUGUGGCUUAAUCAUUUUUGUCUUGAGUUAACCAGUUUUGUGCAUCAUAGAAGAGGGGGGGGGAGGGGGGUUACAAAACCAAAUCUCAGUUUGUCAAAUCAAUGUAAAAGUUUGUUUUUCAAUAGCCAUUCCAAACCUCAUUGAUUUUGGAUUUUUCCGGGAGAAAAAGUUAGAGUUAACCGAUGAUCUAGAUUUUAAAUGCUAAUUUUUCACUCAUCAGUUGAUCUUUGAAAUUUCCAGCGCGAUUAAUUUAUUCUGCAUGAAGUUUUGAUGAGGAUACGUUCGUCAUGAUACCUACUUUAAUAAUGAAGAUUGUCUAAUGGUCUGAUCGUAUAUUUCUUAAGCAUCAGAAUCAUUCAAAAUUUCAUAAGUACUUGCUGAUGGAUGCCAUUUAGUAGUAGAAAUCCAUU